GACCCGCCUUCGCGAUUUAACCUGCCAACUGCACCCACUGUAAAGGUCCCUUUUUUGAUCUGACAGCGUGCUAGUCGUGAAUUACACGAUUUUUGUACUCAAUUUACGCCAAUUUCGGCUUUAGUUUCUAUAUUCUUCGUAUUUCGGUGUUGUCAUUUCAAAUUUCGCCUUUGUAGGUGAAGAAUUGUCGAUUGUGUUUUUCUCAACUGGAGUACUCCCUAGAUCGUCGUAGAAACGUCGUCUCUCGUUCAUUGAAAAGCGUCUAUUGUUCACGAGUGUUAUAAGAGGCUUCUUGCGUUUGUCGAGACUCCGACUGCAUUCUACGUGAAUAGCCACUGAAAUUACAUUUUUGGAGGCUAUUAAAGGCGGUGAACCGUACACUAGUUUCGUUUCCUGCUUUGUUCCAAGUCCUCAACAACCUUACUACUGGUACAGACUGCAUUGAAACAUUUCUUCGAUACUGGUUGUGAGGUGUGUGUCCUGUUUUCCAAAAGCUUCUUGCUGUAUUCGUUGAGGUACUAUUUUUUUGCAAGACAUUUGGAAAGUGUACGAUUUGAGACGUUUCUUUUAACUAGAAAUUCCGUCUUCUCUCUUUAUUCCAAUUGUUAAUUCGUUGGAGCAUUAGACUGUACGAGUCUCUGUAUUAUAUCAUCUCGUUUGUUUUCAUCAACGAGAAAACACCAUCUGUUACUUCGUUACUCUUCAAUUUAUACAUACACAGUGUUUGUUAUGGCGAAUUCAGGCUCGCUAGAACCACAAGUUUGUGCUAACUGCAAGUCGCAAAUCACUGCUCAAUGGCGUCGUGGACCAGACAAUUCUAUCCUGUGUAACGCAUGUGGUCUCUAUUUCAAAACUCGUGACGCGCCUCGCCCUGUGCGGCAAUCAGACGCUUCUGAGAUGAAUAAAGUUGCUGCUGAGAUUUCGAGCAAAGGUACCUGCCCUGGUGAUGGUCACUGUGACGGUACCGGCGGCACGAAAGCUUGCCAGGGUUGUCCGACAUUAAACAACCGAUUGAAAUACUACAACAAGAACAUGAAGCGUUGCGGCGGUUCGAAGGAGAAUCCCGACGUCAGCGGAUUUGUUUCAGCUAGGGAACCGUCCCCUAAACGGUCUUACUCUGAGGCUUCACAAGGAUCUACGUCUGCAUCUGACGACGCUCACCCGUUAACGCCAAAGACAAAAAUGGAGCCAAAUUCUAACGGAGAUGGCACCAAAUAUCCCGUUAAAACAACCACUGUCCUCAAUCAUGAAGUCGCUGGUACUUACUGCCAAAACUGUGGAACGACGACUACUCCUCUGUGGCGGAGGGAUGAAUCCGGUAAUCCGAUCUGCAAUGCUUGUGGUUUAUAUUAUAAGAUCCAUGGCGUGCAUCGUCCUGUCACGAUGAAAAAGGCUGUUAUCAAGCGUAGGAAACGUAUGGUUCCUAAUACGAAGGCCCAAUACGUCGGUCAGCCGACAUAUCCGACGAACGGAAUGCAUGCGAACACGCCUCAAGGAUUGCUUAGGCCUAUGUACGAUGGCCCCGUCAGCGGAGAGGCCGUGAAUGGUGCAAGACAGUCGUUACCAACUCCUUCUCCACAACACCAGCAGUCAGUUUCUUUGGAAAGAGCCGAAGACGCAAGUCCAAAGUCUGUUGUGAACGCAUCAUUGGAUGACGUUUCAAACGAUAAGAAUCUGCAUGCGGAAGAGCGUCCCCAAACUUCUCCGCUAAUGACUCUUUCCCAUCUGGCAGCCGGUGAUCCUUUAAAGGCGGGCAACGAUGGCAAUCGUCCUUCCAAGGGUGGUAAUGUUUAUUGCCAUUUACCGCCCAUCAUACCCGUUGGAGAGUCUGUAUUCCUUCCACCUCGCGACUCUUCUAAGCUCCCUCAUGUGGAUGGCAUUCGAUCUAUCUUAAACAACUCUCACGAGUUUGGAUCUACCCCAUUAAAUAGCAACACUCCAGCUCCGGCGGCUCCUGGUGCAUCACCAAAUAGUGAGCAAAGACCACGUGCCAAUUCCAAUUCGCUACCCGGACCACCAACUCCAUCCUCACAGUCUAUGGCAUCAGCUACGCUGCCGCCACCCACGGCUUCCCUUUUCCCUAGAUACUACUCGUCAUUGCCUGUUACAUUCCCUCCAGAAAUCCUUUCUCUACCUCCUGCAGACCAAAGACAAUAUGCUACAGGCAUUAUUGCGCAACUGCGAUCACGUUACGAUAUGGUGCUCCAGCAACUUGAUGAAAUAAACUAUUCGAUUUAUCGCAUUGAGUCGUGGCUAAAUGCAACUUCGUCAAUACAGAACACCGUAUGAGAUGUUUUCUCUCUCUUUGGUUACCAAGGCACGACUCGCAGAUUUGCGCUUUGGUUUCCAAUAUGUGAAGUUUCUACUACUCUGCAUAUAUGAAUGACCUUGUGUGCAAGUACGCCAUGAUGAGUUUGCAUCCUACGCUGCACAAAUAAUGUGGGAUAGGUUUUAUUACGUUUUUGUUUCUUUUCAGUUUUUUCUCGGGUUGUGUGAACAUGUGUCUACGGUAAAAGUUAACGAUUUUUUUUCAGUAUAAUAUUCUUGUCGCAGUGAUUACGGUCAGGGCUUCUUCCGAAGCCGACUCGCACUCGCUUUCAUUCUUCUUUUCUACCGGUUUGAAGCCCCUCUUUUAUCGUGCUUAGGACGGUUCUUUGCUUUUCGUGGGCGCAUCGAUGAUAAAUGCCGAUUGCAGCAUUAAUUUUUGCCUCUGUCUUUUUCCUUAAUGUUUAGGUUUUUCUUAGUUUUCUUAUUUAUAACAUAGCGUUCGCUGUGUACCGGAUUAUUUGUUUUAUCUUAAUAAACUUCUAUUCCAUGAGUAAAUCGAUCGUCUUCGCAGUUAAGCAGUACAACUAUAUCGAAAGAUAUAC